AUUAUCGAGCUGUCACACGUGCAAGUCCGCAAGUCAAAAUUCCGUCGUGAUUAUGGUCAUGACUGGGAUGUGUUCUUUCUACCGCAGUCCGUAAUAAAUUUAAACCAUGGUCAAUUCAUUUGCGCUAAUGUGAUAACCACAGAAGUGGACGUUCCUAUUCAAUUAGUUCCUCAAUUCAUUGGAAUAAUAUUUGUUUCAGGAUGGCUGAAAUUGACAUUUGCUGAAAUUAAUAAUGGUGGUCUUCGUUACGGGAAGGGUUUAAUUGUGGAUGGAAAUUAUAAAAUUAAAGUUCACGUUCACCCCUUUGUUCAAAAUCAAGGGUUAAUUGAAGGUUGCUAUGUCCGUGUCCGUGGAAAAUUUUGUCGAAAUCAUAAUGGUAUUCCUUUCGUAUCCGUGAACAUUCAGGAUGUAAUUCUUGUGCCAAACAGAGCGAUGGCGCAAUUUUUACAAUUGCACUGA